AGAUGAACUCUACUAAAUUCUAUAUAACAGUAUUAGUUUAUAUCCUACCUACCAGUGAUACACACGUCGUUGACUUCCUGGCCUGAAUCUGAAUUCACUGAGGCCAAAUAUAUAAUAGGAAAAACAGAAGAAAAUGCAUGUAACCCCUAUGAGAUUUUGAAUUUUCUGUUGUUGUUGGUUAUUGUAAUGAAAUCUUAAAAGUUUGACAGAAUCUAUUCACAUUGGCUAUUUAUCAUUUACAUGGUAUAUAGCAAUUAUGCCUGAUAUAAAAGUAACGCCGCUUGGUGCAGGUCAAGAUGUGGGCAGGAGCUGCUUGUUGCUUACCAUGGGCAACAAGAAUAUUAUGCUGGACUGUGGUAUGCAUAUGGGCUACAACGACGAACGAAGGUUUCCAGAUUUUUCAUUCAUAACGGACGGCCCCAUUUCCGCGUUUAUAGAUUGCGUAAUAAUAUCCCACUUUCAUUUAGAUCAUUGCGGAGCGCUUCCUUACAUGUCUGAAAUGGUGGGGUAUACGGGGCCAAUUUAUAUGACUCAUCCCACGAAAGCUAUAGCCCCCAUAUUACUAGAGGACAUGAGAAAGGUCUCCGUGGAGAAAAAGGGAGAACAGAAUUUCUUUACCUCCCAGAUGAUCAAGGAUUGUAUGAAAAAAGUGAUUGCCGUUACCCUACAUCAGUCUGUAAUGGUAGAUAAUGAUAUUGAAAUAAAAGCUUAUUAUGCUGGGCACGUUCUGGGAGCCGCCAUGUUUUGGAUCAAAGUAGGAAAUCAAUCGGUUGUUUACACCGGAGACUAUAAUAUGACUCCUGAUCGGCAUUUGGGGGCUGCAUGGAUCGACAAGUGUAGACCUGACCUAUUGAUAUCGGAAUCAACUUACGCUACCACCAUCAGAGAUUCUAAAAGAUGUCGUGAGAAGGAUUUCCUUAAAAAAGUACACGAGUGUGUAGAUCGAGGCGGUAAGGUGCUCAUUCCCGUAUUUGCCUUGGGGAGAGCUCAGGAGCUGUGUAUAUUACUCGAAACUUAUUGGGAACGCAUGAAUCUUAAAGCGCCAAUUUACUUUGCAUUAGGACUUACGGAAAAGGCUAACAACUAUUAUAAAAUGUUCAUAACAUGGACCAAUCAGAAGAUAAGAAAGACAUUCGUGCAGCGAAAUAUGUUUGACUUCAAACACAUCAAGCCAUUUGAUAGACAGUUCAUUGAUAACCCAGGGCCGAUGGUGGUGUUUGCUACACCAGGUAUGCUCCAUGCUGGACUGAGCUUGCAGAUAUUCAAAAAGUGGGCCCCCAACGAAAACAAUAUGAUAAUAAUGCCCGGAUUUUGCGUACAAGGAACAGUAGGUCAUAAGGUCCUCAACGGAGCCAAAAAAAUUGAAUUUGAAAACAGGCAAGUCGUUGAGGUCAAGAUGUCCGUCGAAUACAUGAGUUUUUCGGCUCACGCAGACGCCAAGGGCAUAAUGCAACUAAUACAACACUGCGAACCUGGCAACGUUAUGCUCGUCCACGGAGAAGCCGCCAAAAUCGAAUUCCUCAAAGAAAAAAUCCAGCAAGAGUUCAAAAUCAAGUGUUUCAACCCUGCCAACGGUGAAACCUCCAUCAUCUCCACCCCUGUGAAAAUCCCCAUAGACGUGUCCCUUCCACUUCUCAAAGCCGAGGCGAAAAAGUUCAGUAGUUUGGCUCCUGAUCCGAAAAGGCGUCGCACGCUACAUGGAGUCCUGGUUAUGAAAGACAACGGAAUGUGCCUCAUGGACGUGGAGGAGGCUUGCAAAGAGGCGGGAAUAAGCAGGCAUGUUGUACGGUUCACUUCUACAGUUCAUAUAAACGAUAACGGACCUUCUUCAGUGACGGCUCACAAGUUACAAAUGUUCAUCAAAGAGAAACUUCCACUGUGUCCUGUGAUUUUUUCUGAGGGAGAGAUCUCUGUGGAGUCAGUUUUGGUUAAAGUCGAAGGGGAUGACGAUGAUGAUCAGAAAAGUGUGUACGUGUCGUGGACUAACCAAGAUGAAGAAUUGGGAAGUCAGAUUUUGAACAUUAUUACUUUGAUUAAGCAGUUUUGAGAAGGUACCUUGAAGAGGGAAGAAAAGGAAGACUAUGUUAGUUUGGAGAAUAUUGGACUAGGGACAACUGAGGACAAAUCUACGGAUUUGACUGGAAGUGGUUACUAAAGCUGAGGUCUGAGGCAGAAAUGGAAAUUUGUGAUAUAUUUCAAGUGUGCACUUGUAAAUAAAAAUUUUUAUAAGAAAUUUUACAUUUAAUUACAAAUACAGAAGCAUUUUCAACUUA